AUGAUGGCUGAUCAAGUUAAGGCCCUUGAGGACAACCGCUUUGGACGCAAGGAGAUGAUGAAUACCUUGUCGUUUGAGCACCCAAUAGUCACUCUGGACCUUGAUCGCCUAUCCUCCAAUGUCCGCGCCGCCGUCGAGAACAACCUAAUCGCCAAGGCCAUCGUCGAGUGCAUCCGUGGUGCAGUCCGAGUGGCAUGCGACUCUAAACGGCAAUUCUAG